CCGGAGCUGGGACAGUCACUCACUCUCUGGGCGGUGGGGCCGGGCACAGACAGCGCCGCCCCCCUCCCCCUCCCCGCCCGCCUCGCACGCCCUCCCUCGGAAGCGCAGGCUCGCGGCGCUGCUCUGGGGGGCUCCCCAGCACCCCAGCCUCGCAUCCUCAGCCCGCCGCGCCUCCAGGCCCCCCUUACCCUCAAGAGGCACCGGGAGUUGUCACAGGGGGGCCUCGGGAAAUUCCCUGGACCCCUGUGCCAGGAGGUGCCCGGUGCGCGCCCGCCCGCUUCCCCCCCCCCCGAGGGCGGUGCCCGGGGGCGCUGCCCCAUGGAGCCGGGAGGCGGGCGCCGUCUGCUUGCGGAGCUGUGACCCGAGUCGGAGUGGUUUGUCGCAGCUGCCCCGACCCCCGCGGAUCAUGCGCCGCCGCCCCUGGCUCGCCGGUCCCGCCGGGCUGUGAGCCCCCCAUUCCCCGGCUGGUCACAGCCCUUGCGCCAUGGGCAGCACCCACCCUUGCCCCUGGCUGCGGCUCCGACUUUGGCCCCAGCCGCGGCCCGCGCUCUGUGCUCUCCUGCUCUUCCUACUGCUGCUGGCUGCCGCCUUGCCCAGGUCAGCACCCAAUGACAUUCUAGGCUUCCGCCUCCCUCCAGAGCCUGUGCUCAACGCCAACACGGUGUGUCUGACAUUGCCCGGCCUGAGCAGACGGCAGAUGGAGGUGUGCGUCCGUCACCCUGACGUGGCUGCCUCAGCCAUCCAGGGCAUCCAGAUUGCCAUCCACGAGUGCCAGCACCAGUUCCGGGACCAGCGCUGGAAUUGCUCUAGUCUGGAGACUAGAAACAAGAUCCCCUACGAGAGCCCCAUCUUCAGCAGAGGUUUCCGAGAGAGUGCCUUUGCCUACGCAAUUGCGGCAGCAGGGGUGGUGCAUGCAGUGUCCAACGCGUGUGCCUUGGGCAAACUGAGGGCCUGCGGCUGCGAUGCUUCCAGGCGAGGGGAUGAGGAAGCCUUUCGUAGAAAGCUGCACCGCCUGCAGUUGGACGCGCUGCAGCGUGGUAAGGGCCUCAGCCACGGGGUCCCAGAGCACCCAGCUCUGCCCCCGGCCAGCCCUGGCCUGCAGGACUCCUGGGAGUGGGGCGGCUGCAGCCCUGACGUGGGCUUCGGGGAGCGCUUCUCUAAGGACUUUCUGGACUCCAGGGAGCCUCACAGAGACAUCCAUGCACGCAUGAGGCUCCACAACAACCGAGUUGGGAGGCAGGCGGUGAUGGAGAACAUGCGGCGGAAGUGCAAGUGCCACGGCACGUCAGGCAGCUGCCAGCUCAAGACCUGCUGGCAGGUGACGCCGGAGUUCCGCGCGGUGGGGGCGCAGCUGCGCAGCCGUUUCCACCGCGCCACGCUCAUCCGGCCGCACAACCGCAACGGCGGCCAGCUGGACCCAGGCCCUGCGGGCGCACCCUCGCCAGCGCCCGGCGUCCCGGGGCCGCGCCGCCGCGCCAGCCCCGCCGACCUGGUCUACUUCGAGAAGUCGCCGGACUUCUGCGAGCGCGAACCGCGCCUGGACUCGGCCGGCACCGUGGGCCGCCUGUGCAACAAGAGCAGCGCGGGCCCCGACGGCUGCGGGAGCAUGUGCUGCGGCCGCGGCCACAACAUCCUGCGGCAGACGCGCAGCGAGCGCUGCCACUGUCGCUUCCACUGGUGCUGCUUCGUGGUCUGCGAGGAGUGCCGCAUCACCGAGUGGGUCAGCGUCUGCAAGUGACGCGCGGGCGCCCCUCCGGGAGCCUGGCCGCGCCCCGCGCGGGCAUCCGGGCCGGGCAGCGUCCCUAGGGCUCCAGGAGAGGAGGUCGGACCACGGGAUCUUGCGGGAACUUCCCAGUUCUAAGGGGUCGUCAACGCUGCAGUCACGGCACAGUCCACACCUGCCUGGACCCCAACAUUUACUUCUGUGGGCUCCCUGCCCCAAGCUCAGACAGCUCAUCUGGGCGGGGAUUGCCUGGGAGGCCUGUUUCCUUGCGGCCCUUCCUUCACCCACCCCCUGGAGUGGGAGAGACGGUGGGAAGCUGAUGGAUGGGCAGGGGAGGAGGACUUGAAAAAGGAAAGGGACAUAACGCAGCUGAGGCAGUGAGACCCCAGACAUGCUCCCCUCGUUGGUCUC